CGCCGUUUUGAGGUUCUAGCUCCUAAAACGUGAUCUAUAAUGUUUGAUUUUCAAAUGCAGUGAAUCCUUAGUAUUUAUAUAUUAACAACUGUAUAAAAAUUAUACUUGCAAGUAAAACCAUGUAUUACUUGAAUUGCCUCAACUUUCUACCCACAUACAACGUAUUCAAGUGGCUUAACGAGCCAAGUUAUGUUUGGAAGAUAGUUUUCCUUUGUUGUUUAGCAAAUUUCAUUAACGCAGCUGAUCGAGUUAUCAUGCCUAUUGUUAUAAUUCCCAUAUCGAGUCAUUUUGGCUGGAAUCUUCACCAAUAUGGAUUAGUUCUGAGUUCGUUUUCUGUAGGCUAUCUUGGAAGUAUGAUUAUAGGUGAAACAGCAGCAAGACGAUAUGGUGGAGGUCUGAUCCUUAGUUUUGCCGUCGCAUUCUGGUCAUUCUCAUCCCUCCUCACUCCAUUCUUUGCUCAUUCUAUUCACUCUCUGAUAACUGUGCGUAUACUACUUGGUUUAAGAGAAGGAAUAGGUCUCCCUACGGUAUUCCACAUAUUUUCUUAUGUUGUGCCUGUUGAAGAACGCAGUCGAUCUUUCAGUUAUAUGGUCACAUUUGGUGCUAUUGGUCAAACAGUAGCUACCUUGGUUUGCCCUCAUUUAAUUUGGUCUCAUUCGUUUUUCAUAUUUGGUUUUAUUGGUCUUGUGUGGAUUUGCUUCUGGAUCCCUGUCUUUAACGUUGUUAAAAGAGCUGAGUCACGAAAUGAGUUGCCUGCUCAGCAAUCUCAGCCUUCCAAACCGUCUCUUCGUUGGAUCGAAUUCGUUUCACACUGGCCAUUAUGGGCAAUUUACAUUGCUCAUUUCAGUAUGAACUGGUCAAAUUAUAUUGUAAUGCUAUGGUUACCGACCUACCUAGUCCGUUAUUUGGGAGCUACUGAAUAUGCCAUAAUGCUAACUGCUAUACCUUAUAUAUGUAACUGUAUUGGGAGUGUUAUCGCCGGACGGCUAGCGAAUUACUUAACUAAACGGCAGUUCACUGUACUAACUGUUCGACGCUUAAUGUCAUCUAUUGGUCUUCUUGGUCCAGGUGUGGUACUUUUUUUGUUUUCUCUAUCAAGCAGUGUAACAUCAGCUAUCGUCCUGAUUUCUGUGUCCAUGACAUUUUCCGCCUUCAAUUCUGCUGGACAUUUAUGUAAUCAUGUAGAGGUUGCACCUAAUCAUGCAGGCACCACAUUUAUCAUAAGCAAUAUUUUGCGAGAUUAUUAUUCACCUUCAGUAAAAAUUCCUCUACGAUCUUGAAAUAAACUUAUACCGUUGUGCGAAAUGAAGUUAAAUAGAACAUCCACCUUUCAUUUUUGUGAAAACUGAUACCACUAAACCGAUUAAAAAUAAAAAAGAAAGAGGAUAGAAUGGGUGAACAAAAAUCCCAAGGAUUUAAUAAUCUGUACACUUAAAUCAUGAAAUGACAUACAGGAAGUCAUUGAGUCUAAUGGUCUGAACUGGUGGUCAAAAGCACUCACUGCCACAUAGGACUGUUUUGAAGAAAGGUGAGAUGAGGUUUUGGUUUAUUAUAUAAGAUUUCUGUGCCACUGCAAUUAGUAAUAAAGUAAAUAAAUACAGUUUCACGAUUGAAACUUUGAAAGUCUUCGAAGUAGAUGGGAAGGAUUAAUUCAGUUAAUUGUCGUUAAAUCACAGUAUCUGACUACAACUCAGAUUUUCUUUCCCCAAUAAUUUUUAUGUGUUAAUGUGCGAGUCCGUUUAUUUAUUCUCUUUAUUCACAUUCUUAUUGUGUAAAUUCCGGGCUGAAUUUGUCUAUGUGAUAAUUAAUGCAUACUUAAGCAUCAAUGUGACGAUGUAGAUGCAUAACCAAAUCAUGUUUCAUACAUAAUUUCAAUAAACUAUUAUUUUUUGAUUUUAUGAAUUUUGAAGAAUGUUAUCACGGUUAAUCUGUGAAUAAAGUUUUGCAGUGAAGUGAUUCACUACGGCUAUUUCGGCGUUAACCCAUUCACUUCUACUUGUUAAUCAUUUCCUCUGUUGCAUUUCCAACUACACUUUCCCAUGUUACUUCUAGUGACCACUUGUAGCGUGCUUUUUACUAUCUUAGCUGUAUAUUAUCUCGAAACACUUGUCUAAAUUCUAGAUAAGGUGAUUCUAAUUUAAAUGUAGUAGUAAAUAAUGCUUGGAAACAGUAUUUAAUAUAGCUAAUUUUCAUUUCGCCUUAUCGUUCAUUUCAUUUUCUAUUAUAUAUAGGCUACUAUACCUGGAAUAGUAUGUGGUCCACUAACUGCUGAAUUAGUUAUCACAUCUGGUGGAAGGUGGUUUCCUGUAUUCAUACUAGCUGGUUUUAUAAAUGUAGUUGGUGCUGUUGUGUACAUUAGCCAGAGUUCUACAACGCAAGUAUUGUAAUCAUGCGAAUGAUGUGUACAGAUGUCCAUGUACAUUCACUUUUUUUUAUUCUUUUAACUUUGUAUCUGACUUUUUCCCUACUCAAGUCCAUACUUUCUCUCACUACUUACUUAAUUUAUCAUGAACUGUGCCUUCAACUUUCUGUUUGACGAAAUUCGUUGUCAAAUUUACUUAUCAACCAUGCAUAGUAUCUUUGCGGAGAUAUGGCCAAGAUUUAUUCAUUGAAUUUAUUCGGUUAAAAUUAUUCACCCUUUACUAUAAUGAAAUCACAAUGUUUUGUUAUAAAUUAGUAAAUCGAUAAAUUAUUGUUACUCA